GGUCGGCUCUGUGGCCCUGAGCCCCUAGCUCUGCCCUCCGUCCGCUCGCAGCCCAGUAUCCUGCUGCCAUGUUGCGUGCUGCCGCCCGCUUCGGGCCCCGCCUGGGCCUCCGCUUCUUGUCAGCCGCCGCCACCCAGGCCGUGCCUGCCCCCAACCAGCAGCCCGAGGUCUUCUGCAACAAGAUCUUCAUAAACAAUGAAUGGCACAAUGCCGUCAGCAGGAAAACAUUCCCCACAGUCAAUCCGUCCACUGGAGAGGUCAUCUGCCAGGUAGCUGAAGGGGACAAGGAAGAUGUGGACAAGGCAGUGAAGGCCGCCCGGGCCGCCUUCCAGCUGGGCUCACCUUGGCGUCGCAUGGACGCAUCACACAGGGGCCGGCUGCUGAACCGGCUGGCUGAUCUGAUCGAGCGGGACCGGACCUACCUGGCGGCCUUGGAGACUCUGGACAAUGGCAAACCCUAUGUCACCUCCUACCUGGUGGAUUUGGACAUGGUCCUCAAAUGUCUCCGGUAUUAUGCCGGCUGGGCUGAUAAGUACCACGGGAAAACCAUUCCCAUUGACGGAGACUUCUUCAGCUACACCCGCCAUGAACCUGUGGGGGUGUGCGGGCAGAUCAUUCCGUGGAAUUUCCCGCUCCUGAUGCAAGCAUGGAAGCUGGGCCCAGCCUUGGCGACUGGAAACGUGGUUGUGAUGAAGGUAGCUGAGCAGACGCCCCUCACUGCCCUCUAUGUGGCCAACCUGAUCAAGGAGGCCGGCUUUCCCCCUGGUGUGGUCAACAUUGUUCCUGGAUUUGGCCCCACAGCUGGGGCCGCCAUCGCCUCCCAUGAGGAUGUGGACAAAGUGGCAUUCACAGGCUCCACUGAGAUUGGCCGCCUCAUCCAGGUUGCUGCCGGGAGCAGCAAUCUCAAGAGAGUGACCUUGGAGCUGGGGGGAAAGAGCCCCAACAUCAUCAUGUCAGAUGCCGACAUGGACUGGGCCGUGGAGCAGGCCCACUUCGCCCUGUUCUUCAACCAGGGCCAAUGCUGCUGUGCUGGCUCCCGGACCUUCGUGCAGGAGGACAUCUAUGACGAGUUUGUGGAGCGGAGCGUUGCCCGGGCCAAGUCUCGGGUGGUCGGGAACCCCUUUGACAGCAAGACCGAGCAGGGGCCGCAGGUGGAUGAAACUCAGUUUAAGAAGAUCCUCGGCUACAUCAACACUGGGAAACAAGAGGGGGCGAAGCUGCUGUGUGGUGGGGGCAUUGCUGCUGACCGUGGUUACUUCAUCCAGCCCACCGUGUUUGGAGAUGUGCAGGAUGGCAUGACCAUCGCCAAGGAGGAGGGUCAACUGCUAUGAUGUGUUUGGAGCCCAGUCACCCUUUGGCGGCUACAAGAUGUCGGGCAGUGGCCGGGAGCUGGGCGAGUAUGGCCUGCAGGCAUACACUGAAGUGAAAACUAUCACAGUCAAAGUGCCUCAGAAGAACUCCUAAGAACCAUGUGGGCUUUCUCCCUCAGCCAUUGAUGGAAAGUUCAGCAAGAUCAGCGACAAAACCAAGAAAAAUGAUCCUUGCGUGCUGAAUAUCUGAAAAGAGAAAUUCUUCCUACAAAAUCUCUUGGGUCAAGAAAGUUCUAGAAUUUGAAUUGAUAAACAUGGUGGGUUGGCUGAGGGUAAGAGUCUAUGAGAAACCUUUUAAAUGACAACAAUACUGCUAGCUUUCAGGGUGCAUUUUUAAAAAAUAGAUUCAAAUGUCUUAUCCUCUCUCUGAAACGCCUCCUGUAACUUGAGUUUAUAGGGGAAGAAAAAGCCAUUGUUUACAAUUAUAUCAGCAUCAAGGCAACUGCUACACCCUGCUUUGUAUUCUGGGCUAAGAUUCAUUAAAAACAAGCUGCUCUCAACUUA